UGAAAAGCCAUUUGAUAUAGUCAAUGCUGCAGUGGGGAAUGUAUUAGCUAGCUAGAGCUAGCUGGCUGGCUAGCACAACAGACAUUACCUUUAGCUAACUACCAAAACAACUAAAUUUUCAACACUUUGACUCUAAAAUGAACUUCUCCCAGUGUUUAUUUAAUACUGAUUUAUGUUGUUAAAUAUAAUUAAUUUACUUUACAAUGAUUUGUUGACACUGCCAUCAACGAAUUGUGAGAUCGCAGCUGGAAAACAGGGCCUGUUUCAUUUGCUGCAGAGCUGUCAUUUGUGGUGGACAGAUCUGCAUCUGAAAACAUUUAACAGAUAUGGAAGAUCAGAGGGACAACUGUCCUCAUCUGGAUUCCAUAGGAGAGGUCACCAAGGAGGAACUUCUGCAAAAAUCCAAGGGAACAUGCCAGUCAUGUGGAGCUGGAGGUCCCAACCUCUGGGCCUGUCUGCAGAGUGACUGCCCAUAUGUUGGGUGUGGCGAGUCGUUUUCGGAUCACAGCACAUUACAUGCACACGCAAAGAAGCAUAACCUAACAGUGAACCUGACCACAUUUAGGAUAUGGUGUUACGUGUGUGAGCGGGAAGUCUUUUUGGAUCAGAGACCUACGGCACCUGCUUCCUUCACCCACCACCACCGCAAAACCUCUGAGCAGGUACGGGCUCGAACUAAGAUCAGCCCAACCUGCUCACCUCCAAACUGUCUACAGGAUACAGUGCAUCACAAUGUAGGACACAAUUUGAAGGCAGUGCCUAUAGCGGUGGCAGAGGAGGAGGGGUCCGAGUCAGAGGAAGAUGAGCUCAAACCCAGAGGCUUGACGGGAAUGAAGAAUAUCGGGAACUCUUGUUACAUGAACGCAGCCCUUCAAGCCCUGUCCAACUGUCCUCCUCUUACUCAGUUCUUCCUGGACUGCAGCGGGCUGGUGAGGACAGAUAAGAAGCCGGCACUGUGUAAGAGCUAUCAGAAGCUCAUAUCUGAACUCUGGCACAAGAAACGGCCCAGUUAUGUUGUGCCCACGACUCUCUCCCAUGGUAUCAAACUGGUCAACCCCAUGUUCCGAGGCUACGCCCAGCAGGUAGGGGGAACCUCCCAGCAGGACACCCAAGAAUUCCUUCGCUGUCUGAUGGACCAGCUGCACGAGGAGCUUAAGGAGCCUCUAACUGAGGAUGGGGGGGUGGGAGGGGGGAUGGCCUUGGGUGAGGGGGGUGACGUGGACGAGCACCGGAAUGGUGACCGCUCCCCCUCAGAGGACGAGUUCCUGUCCUGCGACUCAGGCUCCAGCAGCGACCGGGGAGAGGGCGGGGGGCUGGGGGACGCAGAGCUGCUCAUCCAGGACGAGGGUGUUGGACCAAGGCCUGGGGUGGGGGGUGGCGGGGGGCCAGCCGGGGUAAUCUCGGAGAAGGAGAGGCUAAAGGAGAGGAGGGUGUCCGGCUCACCACUCCACGGGGGGUCCCAGGAGAUGGACGAGGACGCAGACGUUGACACAGCGGCAGAGGACGGGACUUCUGAAAGGGGGGACAAGGAGGAAGAGGAGGAAGCGGGGGUGACCCCCCCCAGCCCCCGGACCCAGGCCCCAAGUCUAGAACCAACUCAGGCUGAAAUACAAGGAGAAGGACAGAGUAACAGUAUUCCAGAGCCAGACAAUGAAGCAUCAAUGUCCCGCGCCCAUUCUCGCCCUUGCAGCCCUGUUCGCUCUGUUCAGGAGCACCACCCCAAACUUUCCUCCAGCCCCUCACGGUCAAGCCCCCUCCGCUCCGCCCCCCCCGCCUACUCCUUAAAGAAAGCUCAGCUCCUGCUGGGGGCUAAGAAGAAGAAGCAGUCUCGUUACCGCAGUGUCAUCUCUGACAUCUUUGACGGCUCCAUCCUCAGUCUGGUCCAGUGUCUCACCUGUGACAGGGUAUCUACAACAGUGGAGACCUUCCAGGACCUGUCACUUCCUAUCCCAGGAAAGGAGGAUCUGGCAAAGCUCCACUCCUCCAUCCACCAGAACCUACCCGCCAAGACCGGCGUCUGUCCAGACACUUAUGGCUCCCAGGGCUGGAUCUCCUACAUCAUGGACUCCAUACGGAGAUUUGUUGUUUCCUGCAUCCCCAGCUGGUUCUGGGGUCCCAUGGUAACCCUGGAAGACUGUCUCGCUGCCUUCUUCGCCGCUGAUGAACUCAAAGGGGACAACAUGUACAGCUGUGAAAGAUGUAAAAAGUUGAGAAAUGGUGUUAAAUAUUGCAAAGUGCUUCGUCUACCAGAGAUUCUAUGCAUUCACCUGAAGCGCUUUCGCCACGAGGUCAUGUACUCCUUCAAAAUCAACAGCCACGUCUCUUUCCCCUUGGAGGGCCUUGACCUCCGACCUUUCCUGGCCAAGGAGAGCCCCUCCCAGAUCACCACCUAUGACCUACUGUCCGUUAUCUGUCACCAUGGAACUGCAGGAAGUGGCCACUACAUAGCCUACUGUCAGAAUGUGAUUAACGGCCAGUGGUAUGAAUUUGAUGACCAGUACGUGACCGAGGUCCAUGAGAUGGUGGUGCAGAACGCUGAAGCAUAUGUCUUAUUCUACAGGAAGAGCAAUGAGGACUCCGUGCGAGAGCGUCAGAAAGUGGUGGCUCUGGCCAACAUGAAGGAACCCAGCCUGUUACAGUUUUACAUCUCCAGAGAAUGGCUGAACAAGUUCAACACUUUCACAGAGCCUGGCCCUAUUGGCAACUACACCUUCCUCUGUCAGCAUGGAGGGAUUCCUCCUACUAAGUACCACUACAUAGAUGACCUGGUGGUGAUCCUACCCCAGAACGUCUGGGAGUACCUCUACAACAGUUUUGGAGGAGGCCCAGCAGUGAACCACCUGUACGUGUGUGCCAUCUGCCAAGUUGAGAUUGAAGCCCUGGCCAAGCGCAGGAAGGUGGAGAUUGACACCUUUAUCAAGCUAAACAAGGAGUUCCAGGCAGAGGAAGCACCUACCGUCAUCCUGUGCAUCAGCAUGCAGUGGUUCCGGGAGUGGGAGAGCUUUGUCAAGGGCAAAGACAAUGAGCCUCCUGGGCCGAUUGACAACAGUAAGAUCGGUGUGAUGAAAGGAGGACACAUUCAGCUCAAACAAGGGGCCGAUUAUGGCCAGAUCUCAGAGGAGACCUGGCUGUACCUCCUGGGGAUCUACGGUGGAGGGCCAGAGAUAGCAGUGAGACAGACUGUGGCCCCGGCCAACACAGAGAGCUUGUUUGGGGAAAGGAAGAUUGAGGCAGAGACCAGGGCGCUAUGAGAGAGGUUGUCUGGCUCCCUCCUCACUCCUUCUUUCAAAGGAACCUUGGACGAAUGUGCAUGAAAGAAGAAGCCUUGUUGGGAGCGCCAUGUUUAAAAUGUAGCGUCUCUUUAUCGUCCCCUGCGAAAGACAUUGUGGUACUUGAAUACUUCCUAUCAUAACUGUAGUGGAGUGUGCUAUUUAUUGAACCAAUCUUAAGAUGUUUAAAUGGAAACAAAGAACAUGUCAUUCCUCCUCUGUGGGGCAUUGUGGGUAGCUGUGGCGUGUUAAAAUGGCCACUGUAUUUGCUAGCUAGUUUGUGUGAAUUGUUAAGCUUACCUGGUCUUGCUGGCACCGGACCAGAUUGACUGAUGUCACAACCCCUGUAGCCUCCAUUACCAGGUUCCAAAUAUCUACCUGGUUUGGAAUACUCCAGGUUUUCUGUCACAAUCUGAAUGCUACCAGUUUCUGACUCUAUUUCACGGUGAAUGUCACCAAAUCUGGAAGUGGAGAUAUCAGUCUCCUGGACCAGGUUGGGGGAUGAGAGGGACAUGUGUUAACUGCUGCUUGACGACUGUGCCACAUAAAUAACUACCGGCUGAAGUAACUCUGUAACGUCAGCAGCACUCUGCACCAUUUUAGCACUUUUUCCUUUUUGUUCCUGAGACAACCAUAGUGAAUUGAUUGUUGUACAUAUAUAUGAACUGGUUAUGACCAGUCUUUACUUAUCAUGAUUUGUGAAGAGUUUGCAGGACUGGAGUCACUCAGGACCUGGAUUACCACAGUUGUAUGAAGAUAGUCAAUCUGUUUUAAAGUGUUAAUUUAUUGAAAACCGAAUAAAUGGAUAGUUUUAAUGUGAUCCGAGGUGUCUUAGUAUAAGUUUACAUGUAUAUAAAAGUAUUCCAUAAGUGAUUUAUUUAAUGUUUAGAGACACAGGAGAUAGGUAGAUUAUUAUAGGUAUUCUUGCCAUCACAGAAGACUAUAUAACCCACAAUGCACUUUUAUCACAGAUGACUCACUAGCCUGCACCGUCCAGUGGGGGUUCUCUUCUGCGAGAGAAUAGAAGACAACUCCACCCUCACAAUUUCUGUUAACAAACCCUUGAAUCCCAUCCAAUUAUGGAUAUAUGCAUAUGCACAAUUGGAUUGGAUGGCACUCGUUUCAAUCGGUUUGAUGUUCUUAGAAUCAAUAAACAAUCAAACGACUUUGAGGAUGAGGACUAGUAGGAACAUGAACAUGGAAUUGCCAGGCAGAGUGAUUACAUUUUUAUUCUUCCCUUCAGCUCUUGUGAAACACAUUAGUCUCAGUAUUCUAGAUUACCAUGAAAGGGUGAGUUGACAGAAUGUGUUUCAACCAGUCUUUACAACAGAGUUGACCUCAGAAACAUUUCUGGCUACAUUAGCUGACAAAAUUACCCAUAAUACCCAGAUGGUAUCCUAGUGUACAUUUAAAGAUAAUCUUCCUAUUUUAGGAUCACUUGUCUGCAAUUUAUUUCUGUCAAAUUUGGAGACUAUUGAAGUGACCCAUCCUUUUGUUGUGUACAAAAUACAGUGGAUUACACGAUUAAAUAAAACUAAUUAUACCACAAUGCUUGUGGAAUUGCUAAAGAUAUUGUUCAAUUGAGUAAUUACUCAGUUUCAGAUGAAGACACAAAAAUGUGUCUAUUUUUAAAGAAAUUAUUCUUGAUUAAUUUCUUUUUUUUCCUGAUUAUGAAUAUCUGUAUUGUUGAAAAUGUAACAUUUGUAUUUUUUCUUUUCUUUGGAGAAGUGCAAUGACAAAUGCUGCAUAAUACGUUUUCAAAGCUUGAGAAGGAGGAAAGCUAACAGUUUUAAUGGUUUUAUCAGCGUUGUGGUACCCACUGCAGUGAUACAGUAACAUUUUAACUGUCAGUGAUAUGUCUUCAUUAUUGUUGCAUCCAAAACUAGUGCAUUUGUAUUUAAUGUUUGGGUUUGUUUUCUACACAGUGGCACACACCCAUGUGUAUGGGUGUAAGAGUAAAGUCCAAGUGAACAUUAGAGCCAUGGGCGGCGCUAGGGAGGGGCCAGCAGGUACUUCAGCACCCCCAAGAAAGACCAAAGCACCACGAUAGAACCCCCCCAAAAUAUUGCUCACUUAUUAAUAUUAUUUAUAUAAAAAAAAUAUAUAUAUAUAUAUAAUUGCUCAGUUACCCCUGUCAAUGAUCUAGCACCCACUCAGUACCUGCAUAAAAAAAAUCUGGUGCCGCCCCUGAUUAGAUCAUAUAGAAUUUGGGAAGGAUUCAUGCAACACAUUUUUGUUGUUAUUUAAAAAAGUAAAACCGGACUUUGUGUUAAAUCGUAUUUCAGUGUGUGAAUCUUCAUGAUUCUUGCUGGUCAGAGUCACUUGAUGCUAACAGGUGUAGACUACUGGGUCUGAGGCAUGCAGUGUUCUCUGAUGUCUAUCUGUAAAACUGAUGUACUCAUAACUAAGGAAACAACUAAUAAAUGCCUGUUUUUUUUC